CUGAUCUAGUGGUUAAACAAGAAAGUAUGAGUUCCGGGAUUUAUAAGAAGCUUGACUCUCUUCAAUUCGAAGCGUUAUCGAAAAUAAGGAAGAUUGUCUCGGCGUUAGAUAUCUCUGUGAUUGAAGAAGAAUAUUCAUUUGAAGUGCAACGUCAGAAUUUGGCUCAUGAAGUAUUCAUUGCUAUAUCCGAGUUCAAGAACUUGCUUGAGACUGCCAGGGUCAUGGAGGAAGAGCAGGAUUCCCCGUCGGUGCAGUACCAGGUGUAUUGUGACAAGCUCUUGGAUUUGAAACUUCGACUUCGUCAGGCUCAGAUUCAAUCGACAGAAGCAGCAAAUGAAAUCAUUCAUAGACAAAGAUUAGCACAGUUUUGUGCAGACCCCAUUACCACGAAUACCAAGACUGAAGAUGAAAUAAGAAACGAGCUCUUUGGGAAAAGACUGGCGACAGGAGUAAACUCAUCGUUGACCGCUCAAAAUCAAUUGUUGAAUAAGAAUAAAUCAAUCACUGCCUCUUUACAGGCAACCCGUCAAAUGAUGUCCACAUCCAUCAUGCACACCGAGCUUAACAUUGACACCAUAGACCAACAACUGAAGGACUUGUCGCAACUCAACGACAAGUUCACAGACUUCAAUGAAGUGUUGAACAAGUCCCGUGCCAUCGUUAAGUUUAUUCAGAAGCAGGACCGAAGUGACAAGAACAGAAUCUACAUGAGUCUUGGAUUCUUGGCCCUUGUGAGUUUCUGGGUAGUUUGGAGGCGAAUCCUCAAGGUUCCGGUAUACUUUAUGUUGUGGUCAUUCUUCAAAAUAUUCCGGAUCUUCAAUUGGAUGGUGGGGAGCACCGCCACUUCGAAUAACAUGGUUGACGUUUCACCAAUUGCAUCUGUAGUGGUAUCUGCGACCACUACUGCUACUAGCAUUGCUAGUUUGGCUGCUGCAAGUGUACUGAGCGUUUCCACCGCUAUGACAUCUGCUCCGGAAUCAGAUGGAAUAGUCAUGGAUAAAGAAUAUACAAUGGACAUUGAAGUCGACCAAGUCCAUCUGACAUGGGAAGAAAUAGUUUCAGAAGAGAUAAAGAAGAUUGAACUAGUGGAGCCCAACUCUAUCGAGAAUGAGAAUGAGCAUGAACAUAAUCAAGAAGUUGAUAACAGGAUUGUAGAUGAGUUGUAGUAUAACUCAAGUUGGAAUUGUUUUGUGACCUUCGACAAGAGUUGUGGCUAUCUCACCGAGCAGAAAAUUCCAGAUCUCGUUUAAAUUCGAAGUUAAGUGAGCUGCUUCGCUGGAACUCUGUGGGCCUCUGGCGUCUUCCUUUAAUGGGGAAUAUGAGAUUACGGGGUUUUCACCUCGCAGAUGAGCUAGACAUCACGAAGUGAUUCUCCUCAAGUAGGGGUCCAGCGGAGCGUCCCUAUAUUCCCCCGUCGGGCGAGGAGGACAAAUACUCUUUCCACUCCUACAGUUACCUACACCUCACAUCAUUUCAUGAUCGUUAAUAAGUAUAUAGUGCUAUAAUCCAUAUCCCUCU